GGCUCGCCCGGCGCGCUGCGGGCGCUGCGCCGGGUGCGCAGGGCCACGCUCAAGAGCAUCCCAGGAGUUGGUCAUAAAUAUUACCUGCAGUUCACUACCGAAGACUACAGAAGCAGGCAAAAUGUCACUAUCAACUGCAGAGAUACCAAAGAUGAGAAACAAAUCCAAGAGGAGGACAACAGCUUUUACCAAAAAAUUAAGCAACAAACCAAACCAAUAAUUGCAAAUGAUAUUCCAGACAGCUAUGGAAAUAUUGAACCUGCCCUUGAGCCAGUGUGGGCUUUGGCUGUUGUUGGCAGCAGUUAUAUAAUGUGGGAGAAGUCAACAGAGAACUUGGGUUACUCCAUGGCGCAAGUCAAGUCUGUGAAGCAAUGGAUAAGGAAAGAUGAUUCUAUUGAGUUUGACUACACUGUCUUACUUCAUGAAAUUCCAACACAGGAAAUGAUUUCAUGCCACAUGCGCGUCAUUUGGCUUCCUGGACACCCUCUGAAAGUGAAGUACUUCUGCGCUUCAGAGAAUCAGUGGUUUGAAGAGGCAUCAGGAAUGGGAUCUGGAUCAGCUGCUGGAAUUUCACAUGAAAAAGAAGAAAAUUUUUAAGAGAGAUUGACAGCUUUGUAUAAACAUAUUAAGUGGGAAAAACCUUGUGUUAAUAAACCCAGAGUUGUGAUAAUUUUUCUAUACAAGUCACACUACAGUGACUUUAAAUGCUUUCACUAGUCUGUUUUGUUCCAAAAUGAAUAUCUGUAAUGUCUUGAAGGGUAAAAACUGACAUGUUCUAGAGAUUUGCCUAAAAACUUUUGCUACUAUAUACAUACAUAGAUAUACAUACACAGGCUGAUUUUAUGUGACUAAGUUACUUACAGUAACAUAGUUUGUGAACAAAGUUAAUAUAUUUGGAUAAAAAUCUUGAGAAAAAUAUUAAUCUGUCACUGAGAAAUAUUUGUCUACUAAAUUUUUUUUUUUUUGGUUUUUGGAUAGAUUUAUUAUUUGCUGAUUUUUAACUUAAAUCUCCAAUAAAACAAAUACCAUUACACACAGCGGAGGUCGGGUUUUCCUUUAUGACUUGCUGGUUGAGCACAGCUUUCCAUCUUCUCUCAGCGUCUGGCCAUAGAAAGGACGUGGACCAGUGGAGGCAGUGAAAUUUCUCCCCACAAGGCUCCAGGCAAGCGAGUAACCAGAACCUGUGUGUUCCACAGACGGCCUAAGUCCCACUGGCGCACAGUUCUUCCCUGCUUUGUAAGCUUAACAAAAAAGGAAGUUUCUCCUCUCAUUUGUGAGGUCAACUUAGAAAAUAUUGAUAUAAGGAAAACAUGCUUUGUUGUCUCCCCAUGCCUGCCAGGAGUCUAGAACACUGCAAGGGAAGUGUUUGUCAGAAGGAAACUUGCGGAUAGUGUGGGGUUUUUUGUCUGUUUACAGUAUGGACGGAGUUCUCGCUGCUAGUUUGAACAAAGACGGACAGAACUAUAAUUUAACGACUGCCAUGUCUUUUACCCAUCCUAAAUACAACAAAGACUUAUUGCAAGAAUGUAUUUUUAUCCUUUCACACCAAAUUCUCCAUUCUGACUUCAGGGCAAACGCACUUCCCUGCCUUUAUUCUCUAAAAUUAUGCCAAACUAUCUUGAGUGUGUCACUUUUUUUUCCUUAACAAGAAUUUCUGCCAGGCUAAAUUAACUCCAUAUAAUAAGAGUGCCUUACUUAGGAAAGCAGGCAAUGGUCUCUGCCUUCAGAGAUGGUCAUUUUCUUCCACAAGUUGUAGUAUACUGUGCUACCAGUGAUCUGUAAACAGUAAUGAUGAUUAAGGUAUUUAGCAUAAAAGCUUUCACUGGGGGAUGGAUAGGCUAUGCGAUCUGAUCGCUCAAAAUAAUUUAGGCAUUUUAUACAAUUGUAUUAGUCUCCAAUACACUUUUCCUGACUGAAGCCUUUUAUAUCAGCACCCAACACGUUAAAAUAAAUUCAGUAAAACAGCAUUUCACAUAUUCUGUGUUUUCUUUUGUGCUGGCAAAACACGCAAUCAGAGCUUUUAACGAUAACUUCAAUAUGAAACUGAUGAUGAAAAUAUUUUUUAGAAUUUAAACAAGAAAAUUACAGUACAGACAUUUUGCACUUUGGGGCUCUAUCUUAGCAAUAUAUUGAACUGCAAGCCUAGUUUCCUUACUUUGUUUUUGCCAUUGCGCUCCAGACCUAGAAGAGAGAAUCAUGUAUUUCCGACCUGACAAAUCAGUGCAACUUUGAUGCCAAGUAAGCAGCACAACUUUUAUAUCAGUUAAACUGCACAAUCCUAACUUCUAGAAGAAUACAAAUCCUGUUGGAAUUCAGUGGCAAAAUUUCCACUAACCUCUUUAGGGCCAAGAUUUCAGUCAGUGGAUUAGAACCUGAAAUUAUCUACGCAGUUUUUACUCAAGCAAAAUUCUUCAUUAAAUUAUCUAAUUUUCAUUAAGUCAUCAUUAUUAAAUAACGUUUACCAUUAUUAAAAUAUUAUACUAUUAAUAAUGGUAAACAUUCUCCGAGUCAAGACUCCCGUUGGCUCACAGUGAAUUCUUCAUGCAAAAAAAGUGCAACGAAGAGUAUCUGUAAGAGACUGGAUACAGACAAGAGAGCUGUGUUCCACAAUUUUGCUGCUAGAAAGAGAUCAACUAAGUCAGAUAUACUACCAGUGCUACUGGUAAAACUCUACUAAAGGGGGAAAAAAAAACCCCACACACAUGCAUGAAGAAGCAAGAUCUCGGGCACCCUAGAAACGACUGCUCCUGUUCCAUGAUCUUUUUCACUGUCUCAGGGUGCUCCUGCUACGCAACCCUUCCUUCAGUCCUUCCCCUGUUGCCCCACCUCCUCCUACCUGUUGUUUUUUCUCCCUCUCAGCUAAGUGUAGCAGACCCCACUGUGUCCCUAUGCUGUGCUCCCCUGAGCGUGGUCUUGUCGUCUGUGUUAGAUUUGGGGAGAACCAGCACGCAUCUGGCAGAACGACAGCCAGGAUUUCACAUCAUGACUGACCUCUAAUAAGCAAAACACAAAAGCCAUAAAUACAACUAAAAUAAUAACUACCCCAUUUCUUUCUUUGCUGUUGCAUUCAUACUGCUUUUAUAAGCCCUCUCUGAAUUUUGGCAAAGGUGCAGUAAUAUUUGCUUGCUUAAGGAAAUCCCUAAAUGACCUGCAGGGCUUUUCUUAAAACUAGUUCCAGCUGAAAUUUUUCUCAAAAAAUAAGGCUACAGAUGUAAUGGAAACAAGAACGAUUUGGCCCCAAGCCACAUCAUAUGCAUCUACAACAUUAUGCCCAUGCUUAGUUAAUAUUUACAUGCUCCGACAAAUCUCUAACACUGUUCUCGAAUUUCAAGUUUAAAAUGAGUAAUUUUCACUGUCUUUUGGUGAGGACUGAGGCAAAAAAGUAUAGCCAUUACAGUUCUGUCUGUGUCUGGUAAACAUCAACCACAAUCCUGUGCCAGGAAUGCAGUUGGUUUUGAACUCGAACUUCAUUCUCUGUUUACUGGAAGUCUGCAAAAAUGCUGUAAGCAGAGGAAGUUAGGAAGAGAGAGCACGCAAGGAAAAUUUGCAGUGGAUCUUUCAGUAAUAACAUCAAAAAAAGAAAAAAAGGUAUCUUUUCCCUCUCACCUAACUGUAACAGCUUCAAUUCUUCUCUGUAUUAUAAGUGAACAUGAUCUAAUUAAGUGAUUCCCAGGAUGAGCAUCAACAGGAACGCAAUCUCUUGAUUGUAAGAUUCUGGGUAAAGGAAUCUUUUUGUUUAGUUUUACGACAAAGAGAUCCUUUUAGGGAGAUGGAGCGCCGGGAGCCAAGUAAGCAACGUAUACAUUAACCCAUUAUCACUAAUAGUUUAGGAAAGAGUUUACUUCUAUGUAAAUUCUUCUCAACUUUUUUCAAUGCAUUGUACCAUCUGUGAUAAGCAGAGUUGGUGAAAUGCAAGUUCCACUAACAGGUGAAUUUGUUCUGUUCAUUCAUUCAUUAUGACUUUGGAGGAUUUUAACACUGCUUCUGAAAGAUGAGAUGAAAAUACUCACAUUUUUCUCCAGACUCUAUGCUGUAAGCGAACUGCAGGAGCAAAAGGAUUUGUGCUUGGAGCACCUGAGUGAAAAAUAAUCACUAUGCUGGAUAAAAAUUCAUCCCCUGUACCUGUCAAGCAGUUAACAUUUAGUCUCCUAAACUAGGUUUUUUAAUCUCUGAAAAACAGAGAAACAGUAACUAGCCGAAU